AUGUCCGCAAGCGAGGAACCUCAUGAGGAAAAGCAAGAGACGAAACCGAAGAUCAACGUGGUGGUAGAUUUCCAAGGUCAACAGACGACGAUCAAGGUCAAGGUGAAUACACCGUUUUCUAAGAUCUUCGACGCUAUUCAUAAAAAGUUCGGCAAAGAAUCAGGUCAUUUCAAUGUUUCCCUUCGAAAUGCUCCCGACUCAUGCCCGAGCAUCCCGCUAUUAGGAACAUUAAAGUUUGUGUAUGAUGGUGUUCGCGUCAAUCCUGACGACACGCCUGCUGCGCUGGAGUUGGAAGAUGGGGACGUCGUGGAUGCGCAUUUGCAGCAGGGGCUGGGCUCCUUCCGCGUAUCUCGCAUCUGA